AUGAGUGUUGAUUAUGGGAGCGAUGACCCAUAUUCCGCUACCAGUGGGUUAUUAGAAUUAUUACUUCACGUAUUUGAAAAUCCAGAUAGAGGAACUGGAGUUUAUGUUACUGUCGCCAGAGGGAAAAAUCUAGUUGGAGACAAUUUACCACCAGUUUUCAUUCAUAAUGUCAUUGGGAAACAACUUAAUUUACUUGGGAAAUAUCCUCUUCAUAAUGAUGUAGCACCCCUGAUAUUAUUUGCCUGUAUAUUUCUUGUCAUUACAGUUUUACAUUUUGCUUUGUUUCUGAUCAAUUACAGCAGAGGGCAUUAUUUUAUGUUGAAUCUUAUAUGGGCUUUUACUAUGAUGAUAAGAAUGUUAUCAUUUAUAUUACGAGCUACUUGGGCAGUCAAUAUUGUCAAUGUCAAAGAAGGCAUUGCUGGUGAAGUUUUCUUUGUCAUACCAAACGUGUUGUUAGUAUCUACCAAUUUGAUAUUGGCACAAAGAUUAUUCACAUGGAGACACCCAGUGGGAGGAACAAGAAGAUUAUUUUGGGUAUUUAUGAUCUCACUGUAUUUGCUGGCAGCCAUAAUACUUGCAGUGGCUAUCCUAUCUUCAGCAAUUCCCUAUUUAUACUACUUAUCAACGGAAAGGUUUUUUGUUUAUAUUAAUUUGAACCGAUGGGCAUCUAUUAUGGUUAUAGUUUAUUCGUUGACUGCAACUUCGUUGAUUGGAUUGUCACUUUGGUUACCCACUAAGAAAGAUGAAAAUAGAUACACUUAUCAACCAUGGUGGAUUGAAAGUUUUGCACCAUUUUAUUUUAUUAAAAAGGGUGCAGCACAAGAGGCAGCAGAGACGUUUAUGAAAAGAAAUUCCAACCAUAGACAUGCUACUCGUGUCAUUGCUGCAACACAUCAUCAUUUCAAGGUGGUUAAAGGUUUGUCUAACCAAAGAGGAGAUCUUAAACACAAUGUUUCUUUGGUGAUCAUUAUAAUUUCUACUGUGUGUUUAUUAAUUGCUUCUAUUCUUCGUGCUAUAGUUGUGUUUCAGGCAAGAACUAAUUUUAAAAGUGGACCUGCUGCUGAACCAGUUUCAAUGUAUUUUUCAUGGGGUGUAUUUGAAGUGAUUGUCAACCUUGUUUAUAUUAUAGGAAGAGCUGAUUUGAGAUUCUACAGACCAGACAGAUUGCCAAAGAAAGUUCGUGCUAUUAUAACUGCUGAACAGACAGCAGUAGUAAGUUCUGCUGAAAGUGAAGAAGAAAAUGAUGACGAUGACGAUGAUGAGGAAGAAGAUUAUGAAGAAUAUGCCGAUUAUGAAGACGGCAACCAAGAUGAAUAUGCAUCUGAAUUCCCUGACGAUGAACUUUAUUUCAAGAAUCCUACAGUGGGUCGAGAAUCAGAUAGUGGUUUGACACCAGUAAAUAAUACCAAUUUUGAAAAAAAUUAUAGUACAGAUUCGUACGGAUAUAAUACCCCAAACACUUUUCUUCAAUCUCCACAUGUUGGAAAACCAAAACCUUAUCCUGAUAAUGAUGAAUUUAAAUUUUAG